GAGCAUAGACCGCUUAUCUGUGAUCCGCUAGGUGAGAAGAAAGAGGACUGGAGAGGGGGAGAUAAAACAGUGGCGAGGGACUAUAAAAGAUCAAAGAAGCUGCGGGCGCACAAUAGAGUGGUGUGCGACAUGCGCUCAUCUUGUGCCGCGAACGAAAUCACCUCUUCUGCUGGUCGCACUCUGCACGAGAUGGAGCCCUUCGUCAUCAAUAGGGACCUGUACAAUCAAUACAAGUGCGUAUGCUGGUUUCAAUCUGACAUCGGAUUAUCCGCGUGGGCCAUGGGCGUGCGUAAGGCGUUUGCGGCGCUGACGCGGCGCAAGCCGAUGAAGGCGACCGGCGGCGGCGGCAUGGCGCGCGUGCUGAGCACGCUCGACCUGACGGCGCUGGGCGUGGGCAGCACGCUCGGCGUGGGCGUGUACGUGCUGGCGGGCUUCGUGUCGCGGCUGUGCUACGCGGAGUUCGGCGCGCGGGUGCCGAGGGCUGGUUUCGCCUACGUGUACAGCUACGUUCACCGUGGGGGAGUUCCUGGCCUUCUUUAUCGGCUGGAACCUCAUCCUGGAGUACAUAUCGGGGCGGCCAGUGUGGUUCGAGCUUUGAGUGCUUACAUCGAUGCACUUAUUGAUUCAGUCAUCAGCGAUGCUAUAAAGUCGGUGAUGGUCAUAAAUGUGUCGUAUUUGGCAGAAUAUCCUGAUUUCUUUGCAUUCGGUCUCUGUCUGUUAUUUACAUGUGCCCUAGCGUUUGGUGCUAAAGAAUCAUCCACAUUAAACAAUAUAUUUACAGUGCUGAACCUCUCCGUUGUUACUUACGUCAUAAUUACUGGAGCUUUCAAAGCGGACGGUGCCAACUGGCGUGUGGACCCCGACGACCCCAACAUCCCGGAGGGCGCCAACGUGGGGCAGGGUGGCUUCUUCCCGUUCGGCCUCGGCGGCAUGCUGAAGGGCGCGGCCACCUGCUUCUACGCUUUCAUCGGCUUCGACUGCGUCGCCACCACAGUCUUCCUCGCCUACUUCGGCGUCUCGGCUGUGCUCACACUCAUGUGGCCUUACUACUUGCAGCACGACAAGACCCCGCUGCCCCACGUGUACUCUGAGCUGGGCUGGCCCGUUGCCAAGUGGAUCGUCUCUGUAGGGGCGGUUUUCGGCCUCUUCUCAAGCCUGAUGGGGGCGCUGUACCCGCUGCCGCGCAUCAUCUACGCCAUGUCGUCGGACGGGCUGAUGUUUGCGUUUCUGGGCCGCAUCCACGCGCGCUUCCAGACACCCAAUGAUGGCAAUGCUGUUCGACCUGGACCAGCUGGCGAACAUGAUGGCCAUUGGCACGCUGCUCGCUUACAGCAUUGUCGCGGCCUGCGUCAUGCUGCUCAGAGUUUGGUGAUAGAUUGUGAGUACUUGCAGCAUUCCGAAAACUCCGAUGUACUCUUUAUUUCAUUACGCUUAUGCUGCUUCGGCGCGGCAGCUUGCGUGGUGCACGCGCUGGACGGCAUCAAGGCGGCCGAGGCGCCCCUGGCGGUGUUGGUGGUGUUCGGCUGCGCCAUGCUGCUCUUCGUGCUCAUCAUCUGCCUGCAGCCCACCAACUCCCAGCGCCUCACGUUCAAGGUGCCUCUAGUACCAGUUCUCCCAGCUGUUAGUAUUGCCAUUAAUAUAUUUCUCAUGAUGAUGCUGGAUAAGGCAACAUGGAUUCGAUUUGCAGUGUGGAUAGUUAUAGGAUUUGCCAUUUACUUUGGAUACAGCAUUUGGAAUAGUCACGAAAGACCAUCAAGAAAACCAUCGAAAGCUUCAGUUUAUGGGGGAACAGAUGCCCGCCCACCAUCUGCAGAGUUGGUCGCUAAAGUUGCAAAUACCUGAAAAGCUCAAUCUUACUUGUAAAACUUCCAAUUCACAAUUUUACAAGAACAAUGAGAAGUCAAAAUUCAUGCUUUCUGUGAAUGCAUUAUUAUCGGAUAUUAUUAUUAUAUAUUUGUAAUGAUAUUUAUUAUUCCUUGAAACAAGGAAACUUGUUGAAUUGAUAGAGGAAAAAUUCUAUCAAAUUAUAAAUUGUUCUUUUUAAUUAAUUAAUGUAACAUUUAAAUUUUUUGCCUCAAAUAAUAGGACAUUUUAAUGAUGUUCAUUUAUAUUAAUAACCAAAGAUUGUAUAAAAUUAAUAUUUUAAAUGUUAAAAUUUCUUAAAAUGCUGGAAACCAAUAUUUUUUACCAAUUGUGAAGCAAAAACAAA